UUCUUCUUCUUAGGGGGUGGUUAAAUACCGAGCUCCCCCAAUUUGAGUAGCUAGAGAAAAAGAUGACUGGAGGUGGACGGAGUAGCGCUCGAAGCCGAGUAAAGUCAAAGUCUGCAGUAGGAGAUGAUACUCCCAGUCAAUCUCUUCUUGAUUUCAAGUCCAGUCGCAGAUUACGUAGAGGCAACAGUAAUAGAGAAGAAAGUUUGCUUCGUAUCUUCGAUAUCAAUCCAGCUGUUCUCGUAGGAUUUGGAUGCAUUUCAUUGAUCAUCGUCUUCUUUGUUAUUCGUCAUCUCAUGAUUCCUUUCGAAGAACUUCAGAAAAGACCUCGAGUCAUAACGCCAUUUCCUGCUCCAAAAGUUAUGGAUCUUCCUCAGUUUCAAGGUGACCAUAAGGAGAGCUUAUAUUGGGGAACUUAUCGUCCUCAAGUUUAUUUUGGAGUCCGGGCAAGGACACCAAAGUCAUUAGUUGCUGGACUCAUGUGGCUUGGUAUUAAAGACGGAAGAUACUCCAUGAGACACAUAUGCCAAAAUUCAGAUGAGUUGAAAACAUAUGGCUGGACACAUCACAAUGGGAGAGAUUAUGGUCACCAAAAUUUGGUUGACCAAGAAAUGGCAUUGAUGACAAGUUUUUUGAAAUCAAAGGAAGAAGGCAGUGGAUAUGGAGGUGACUGGGCUGUGCGAAUUGAUGCGCGGAAUGAAGAAUCAGAAAUUAGAGAGAGCGCAUCAAGAGUAGCACAUCUUUUCUUCUAUCUGGCUGAAGAAGAAGGAAGUCCUAUAAACCUGUGGGGAAAUAGCCCAUACAAUCAGGACAAUUCUUUAGUGGCAUCUGGAUCACGAAAAGAUAUAGGCAGUUGGCAACUACAUUUAGAAUCAAAGGAUAAUCUGGAAGUUCAUUACUCUGGUUUUAGGACACCUCACAUUCACAAUUUGACAGACCUUGUCCAACACAACCUUGGUGUUCAAGCAAGAAAGCUUGAUCGUUUGCAGCUCUCAGACACUUCUGAGGAGUCUUCAAAUGUUUUAGUAUUUCAGGUCUCUGUUAGGCUUCCUUUUAGAAUCGAUAUGGCUUUUGUUUCUGGAACUGAUUUAGAAGGCUCAAGACUCACAGAACGUGUCAACCACCUUUCAGGCGCCUCUUUGACCAGUCGUCUUGAUGAGAAGCAAAAGGAAUUUGAUACAAAAUUCAAAACUUGCUUUAAUCUUUCUGAUGAGUUUGGAUCUGAGUCAAUCUCUGUUGGAAAGGCUGCCAUUAGUAAUCUAUUUGGUGGUAUCGGCUAUUUUUAUGGCCAGUCAAAAAUCUCAGUCCCCACAAAUCCUAAUCUUAAGAAUGGUCAAAACCUUUUAUACUGGCCAGCUGAGCUGUAUUCAGCUGUUCCCAGUCGGCCCUUCUUUCCAAGGGGGUUUUUGUGGGAUGAAGGAUUUCACGACUUAGUGAUCUGGCGCUGGGAUUUGCGUAUCUGCUUGGAUAUUAUUGGACAUUGGAUAGACUUGAUGAACAUAGAUGGAUGGAUUCCACGUGAACAGAUCUUAGGUGCUGAAGCAUUAAGCAAGGUUCCAGAGGAAUAUGUUGUACAACAUCCAUCAAAUGGAAAUCCGCCGACUCUAUUUUUGGUUUUACGUGACUUUGUCUGUGGCAUGAAGAAAGGCAGGUUUACCAUUGAAGAAAGUGAGGAGAUAUCUUCCUUUCUGGAAAGGGCAUUUAUCCGUUUUCAUGGCUGGUUUCAAUGGUUUAAUACAACACAAUCAGGCAAAGAAGCUGGCAGCUACUUCUGGCAUGGAAGAGACAGUACAACAAUUCGUGAGCUAAAUCCUAAGACUUUGACAUCUGGAUUAGAUGAUUAUCCACGUUCAUCACAUCCAAAUGAAGAUGAGCGUCAUGUGGACCUGAGAUGCUGGAUGCUUCUUGCAGCUGACUGUAUGCACUCAAUUUCGAAGCUUCUUAAGAAGGGGGACAAAAUGGAAAAGGACUAUGGCUCAAUGGCUAAGCUACUCUCAGAUUUUGAUAUUCUAAAUCAGAUGCAUUUUGACCAUGCUUCUGGUGCUUAUUCUGACUUUGGGAAUCACACAGAGAAGGUACGUUUGAGAUGGCAAGAAGUUGUAGGAAGCAACAACUACAUAAAUCGUGAGCUAAUACGUGAAGUUUUGGAAGAUCCAAAGCUGAGGUUUGUUCCUCAUGUAGGAUACGUAAGCCUAUUUCCAUUCAUUGCGAGGAUUAUUCCACCUGAGUCUCAAAUUCUAGAACAACAACUUAACCUGAUUUCUAACAAGAGUAUUAUGUGGACAGAAUUCGGUCUUCGAUCUCUGUCGAAAUCAAGUUCAAUGUAUAUGAAACACAAUACAGAACAUGAUGCCCCAUACUGGAGAGGUCCCAUUUGGAUGAACAUCAACUACUUGGUUCUUUCUUCACUACACCAUUACUCUAAAGAAGAUGGACCAUAUAGAGACAAAGCGAGGGACAUUUACAAUAACUUAAGAAGAAACCUCAUAAGAAAUGUUGUCCAGAACCAUCAACAGACGGGAUUCUUCUGGGAGCAAUAUGAACAGAAAAAAGGGAAAGGAAAAGGCGCUCGAGUUUUCACCGGUUGGACAUCUCUCGUUUUGCUUAUUAUGGCCGAAGCUUAUACAGAAUGAGCUUAUACAGAAUGUUGAUAGCUUUUGUUUUCCAUGCAAAUUUUGACCCUUAUUUAAAAACUUUCCCAACCUAAUAACACUUAGAAACUUGACUCAAUUUUUUAGUUGGGAUUUGAGUAACAAAAACUAUAUAAUGAAUUAUCCAGCCACUUAAUUUAUGUUUAAUAAGUCACAAAGAAAUAUCCAGAUUCAUUUUCUACAAGCACCAAAGGGUCCAAGAUUCAACAA